AGCCGGCCUCGGGACGUCCUUAGACCCAGAGCCUGCUGGUCAUAGAGUCGCUCAAGGACGUCCAAACCCCAAGACCCGCUAACGGGCCAGGUGCUAACGGACAAUUGGGGACACAUCCUCAGCUGUGCACACGCAGAGAUUGUUCGUGCUCCCUUGACCUUUAUUUGGAAGAAGAUAAACUUCUGUCACUUGAGACUGCAAGACUGAGAGGACUUGGAGGGAUUAGAAAUUGAUUCACUUGCAAAGGUUUAUUGAAGCCAAAAUGUCCAAAAAAAUCAGUGGUGGUUCUGUGGUAGAGAUGCAAGGAGAUGAAAUGACACGAAUCAUCUGGGAAUUGAUAAAAGAAAAACUCAUUUUUCCCUAUGUGGACCUGGAUCUACAUAGCUAUGAUUUAGGCAUAGAGAAUCGUGAUGCCACCAGUGACCAAGUCACCAAGGAUGCUGCAGAGGCCAUUAAAAAAUACAAUGUAGGGGUCAAGUGUGCUACUAUCACCCCCGAUGAGAAGAGAGUUGAGGAGUUCAAGUUGAAACAAAUGUGGAAAUCACCGAAUGGCACCAUCCGAAAUAUUCUAGGUGGCACUGUCUUCAGGGAAGCUAUUAUCUGCAAAAAUAUCCCCCGCCUUGUGAGUGGAUGGGUGAAACCCAUCAUCAUAGGUCGUCAUGCUUAUGGGGACCAAUACAGAGCAACCGAUUUUGUUGUUCCUGGGCCUGGAAAAGUAGAGAUAACCUACACACCAAAUGAUGGAACCCAAAAGGUGACAUACUUGGUACAUAACUUUGAAGAUGGUGGUGGUGUUGCCAUGGGUAUGUACAAUCAGGAUAAGUCCAUCCAAGAUUUUGCGCAUAGUUCUUUCCAAAUGGCUCUGUCUAAGGGUUGUCCUUUGUAUCUGAGCACCAAAAACACUAUUCUGAAGAAAUAUGAUGGACGUUUUAAAGACAUCUUUCAGGAGAUAUAUGACAAGCAGUACAAAUCCCAAUUUGAAGCCCAAAAGAUCUGGUAUGAACAUAGGCUCAUCGAUGACAUGGUGGCCCAAGCUAUGAAAUCAGAGGGAGGCUUCAUCUGGGCCUGCAAAAACUAUGAUGGUGACGUGCAGUCGGACUCUGUGGCCCAAGGUUAUGGCUCUCUUGGCAUGAUGACCAGUGUGCUGAUUUGUCCAGAUGGCAAAACAGUAGAAGCAGAGGCAGCCCAUGGGACUGUAACCCGUCACUACCGCAUGUACCAGAAAGGACAGGAGACAUCCACUAAUCCCAUUGCUUCCAUUUUUGCCUGGACCAGAGGAUUAGCCCACAGAGCAAAGCUUGAUAACAAUAAAGAACUUGGCCUCUUUGCAAAGGCUUUGGAAGAAGUCUGUAUUGAGACCAUUGAGGCUGGCUUCAUGACCAAGGACUUGGCUAUUUGCAUUAAAGGUUUACCUAACGUGCAACGUUCUGACUACUUGAAUACAUUUGAAUUCAUGGACAAACUUGGAGAAAACUUGAAGAUAAAACUAGCCCAGGCCAAACUUUAAGGCCAUACUUGGCUCAGGAGGAUAAAUGUUUUCUGGUAACUAGGUCCACAGGUUUACAUUUUUCUGUAUGACACUCAAGGAUAAAGACAAAAUGAAUUUUAUAAUUUGUUUAGAAUCCAGAGUUUAUCUUUUCUAUAAGUUUACAGCCUUUUUCUUAAACAUACAGUUAUUGCCACCUUUAUGAAUGUGGCAAGGGAAUUGUUUUUAAAUUUUAUUUUAUUUUCUAGUAGCAGCCUAGGAAUUAGGUUAAUACUCAUUUGUACUGAUUAUCACUUCUUUUCAAAUUCUGAUCUAAAUGACUAAAAUUAAGAGUGCUCAAAAGGGUAAAUGGUAGUAGCUAUAGUACUUUUCCCUAAAAUAUGUAAAGUAGAAAUUCACUUCCUUGCCCUCUUGUCCAUGACCUUGGGCACUGGGAUGUCUCAAUGUUACAGAUGUCCCAUUACAUAAGAUGGAACUGUACAUUUAACUUGCACGUGACUGGAACAAAGUAUGAGGGUAACUGAAAUGUGAAAACCAUUGCAAUCAUAUUUGUUAAGAGUAUAUUGAAGGUUCCUAAUAUACUAAAUACUUUCAAGGCUAUUGGAGAGUUUGGAAUCCAGAACAAAUAUUACCUGGAGGUUUGUAGUCUUGUUUCCUCUCUUCCUCCUCCUGGCCUAGCCUAGCCUGAACAUUAUGCUACCAUACACAGCAUAUUUCAUCCAAGUGCAGUAAUGUAAGCUGCAUCUUUUUUUGUACUUCUGCUGACCUAUUUCAUUUCUUUUAUAUAAAUGUGAUUUCUCAGAAGCUUAAUAAACACUACUGUAGUCCUUUUCUUCAUCUGAAUUGUUAAUUUUAAUUAAAAUUAAGUACUAAUGAUUAUUCUAAA